AUGCAAAGAGAAUCAGAAGCAGAGGGUUUGCAAUCUUCGUCCUCUGAGAUGCAUGUUGGUGACCACUUCGUUGCCGGCAAGGAUGAGCAGCGGCGAACUCACAGCCCCGAGGCUGUUAUGACGCGGACGCUCGUCCAAAUCUCCUGGCCCGCCCACAGCCCAGUGGCCAAGGCGCUGCGCGGAAGAAGGCGCCGACAGAUGGCACCGCCGCUGCCCCGAGCGCCGCCGCGCGCGCUGCUCAUGGGCCUUUGGCUUCUACUCCUGCAGGGCCACGCGCGCCUCAUGGACCCGCCCGCGCGCAACAGCAUGUGGCGCCUGGGCUUCCCCAACCCCGUCGACUACGACGACAACGAGCUCUACUGCGGCGGCUGGUCAGUGCAGCACCAGCAGAACGGCGGCCGCUGCGGCGUGUGCGGCGACCCCUGGAAUCAGCGCGAGCCGCGGGCGCACGAGGCGGGCGGCAAGUUCGCCAAGGGCAUCAUCGGCCGCCGCUACACCGUUGGACAGGAUAUUACUAUCGAAGUUGAUUUGACAUCAAAUCAUUACGGAUAUUUCGAAGCAAAAAUAUGUCCGAACAAUAACCCUAGAUACGAAGCAACGCAAGAGUGCUUCGACAGGUACCCGCUGUACGUGUCGGGUACGCGGGACGUGGCAAUGCAGAUCCCGCCCGACACGCCCAAGAAGGCCUACCUGCCGUACCGGGUGCGCCUGCCGCCCUACCUCACGUGCACGCAGUGCGUCAUCCAGUGGACGUACUACACA